AUGGAAAAAGACCACCAACUCCAUGAUGUCGAGAAAACGGGGGUGCCCGUUGCCAUCUCCGCUCUUGGGAUUGAAGCAGAUUCUCGGCUGGAGACUUCCCCAGACCAAAAAUCUACCGCGACGUCACGAAAUCCUUCUCUGGAUGAGGACCAACACGAACACGAUCAAAUCCAGGAUCUCGAGGCCUUGUCGACCAUCCAGUCGUCAGGUCCUCCCUACUCUGUGUUCAGCAAAAGUCAAAAGCGAUUCAUCGUCUUUCUCGUUGCUUGGGGUGGCUUCUUCUCCCCGCUAUCCGCCAACAUCUAUUUUCCGGCUCUGAAUACACUCGCACGGGAGAUGCACGUCUCGAACUCUUUAAUAAAUCUGACCCUCACAUCUUACAUGAUCUUCCAAGGAUUAGCUCCCACUAUAUUCGGCGAUCUUGCCGAUAUGGCUGGACGGAGACCAGCAUACGCCAUCGGCCUCAUUCUUUAUGUCGGAGCUUGCAUUGGACUUGCGCUGCAGAAUUCCUUCGCUGCACUCUUCAUUCUCCGGUGCCUGCAAAGCAGUGGUAGCAGUUCCACUAUCGCUCUUGGGAACGGUGUUGUAGCGGAUAUUGCCACUAGCUCAGAGCGAGGGACAUGGAUGGGAUAUGCUACUAGUGGUCCUAUGAUUGCUCCCGCUGUUGGCCCUGUAAUUGGUGGAUUGCUGGCUCAAUUCCUCGGCUGGAGAUCGAUCUUUUGGUUCCUGGUGAUCAUGUCGGCAGCCUAUAUGAUUCCCUUCUUUAUCUGCUUCCCUGAGACGGCAAGGAAUGUUGUCGGGAAUGGCAGUAUCCCACCCCAAGGAUGGAACAUGUCGUUACUGAACUGGCUAGAGACACGGAAAGCCAAGAAAGCCGAGGGUCAACUUACUCCGACAGUGUCUCGCGAUGAAAGCCGCGCUGCGCAGGCAGAACUGGCCAGCAAACGAAAACUUCGAUUCCCGAACCCGCUGGGUACGCUUCAUGUUAUGUUCGAAAAAGAUGUCGGCCUGCUACUUCUCUUCAAUAGCCUUGUGUAUACCGCGUUCUACGACGUCAUUGCCUCUGUGCCCUAUCUCUUCGAACAAAUCUACGGCUUUAACGAUCUACAAAUUGGGCUUUCUUUUAUCCCGUUCGGAUUCGGCGCAUUAUGCGCACCUCUGACUUGCGGACGCUUGAUGGAUUGGAACUACCGCCGGCUAGCAAAGAAAGCCGGCGUCACUAUUGACCGAAAACGCGGAGACGAUCUCAAAAAGAUCCCAAUCGAAAGGGCUCGAAUCCAAGUCGCAAUUCCGUUAGUGUACCUCGGAAAUGCUGCGUUACUCUGCUAUGGCUGGGUCGUGGAAGUUGAAACCUCUCUCGCUGUGCCCUUGGUCCUCCACUUUAUUAUGGGCAUCGGCCUCUCCGGUGCUUUCAAUUGCAUGAGCGUUCUGCUGGUCGACUUUUAUCCCCUCAGCCCGGCGACCGCUACGGCGGCCAAUAACCUGGCCAGAUGUCUGCUAGGAGCUGCGGGAACGGCUAUCAUCCAGAUAAUGAUCGAUAGCAUGGGAAGAGGGUGGUGCUUUACUUUCAUCGCCGCUGUCGUUUUCUGCACGUCGCCGAUCCUUCUUGUGUUGAUGAGAUGGGGUCCAGGCUGGCGUGAAUCUCGACGCAAAAGACUGGAGGAUAGCCAAGCGUCUAGCACCAGGCCAUAA